AUGUAUACUGACCUCAGCCAGGUUCCGAUGGUUCACACUACCGAUUCUCCCUGCACUUUACGAAAAGGAGAGGAUCGGCCAUGGAUGCAUGGCAUUGCGGGCCUCAUAAGUGGCUCCAUGGCGAUGAUGCUCUUCUACCCGCUGGACCUUUUACGGACUCGUAUGCAUGUUUUCAACCAACGCGGCAGCGUCAACCCCCCUCCACACUCCAUCCGCCUGAUUGUUUCGCAGGAGGGGUUGCGUGGGAUGUAUCGUGGGAUGUCCGUUUCGGUGCUCACGCACGGCCUCGGUUGGGGUACCUACUUGGUUACCUUUCGGGCUUCUCGCUCGCACUUCGAGGAUUUGCUCGGGCCCUACCCGUCGGUGGGGGCGUCCGCGAAGGAUUUCCUCAGCGCCUGCGUCGCUGCCGUGAUCACCUCCACCAUGAUCACGCCGUUUUAUGUGAUGAAAACGUGGUAUCAACUGCAAACCCGCAUCGGGACCGGCCCUGUUACGUGGAUGGCUCCCACCCGGAGCCCCCCGCGUGGCCGGAACCUUUGGCAUUUCCUUCAACACCCGGAAGGUCGGCGGGCGAUGUUUCGCGGGUUCGCACCGCAGGUGAUUCUCACCAGCAGCACCACCAUCCAGGUCACCCUCUACGAGUGGUUUCGUCGUAACUAUUACUCGGACAGCGGCAAUCCGUCGGCCAUGGAGGUGGCGCUGGGCUCCGCCCUCGCAAAGGCCAUCACGUGUGGGAUUUUCAACCCUUUGGAGGUUGUCCGGACGCGGUUGCAGUAUGUGCACAAUCAGCAAAGGCCCGAGUAUGGGAAUAUGAGGCUGGGGUUGAAAACCAUCUGGCGUAACGAAGGGAUUUGGGGGAUGUAUCGUGGCUUUAUGACGAAUAUGACGCGCGUGAUUCCGACAGCGGUUGCUUCUUUUAUACUCUAUGAACGGUUACUGAGUGCAAUUCGGAGUUCUCACGGCAUCUCAUUCUCAGGUCGAGGGUUGUGGAAUCUGACAUAUGAUUUUGUGAAAAAGGAUGAGGACUAUUCUAUAAGCUACGAUGACCUGGUUCCCGCUUAUGUUAUUUUUUUCAACGAGGCGAUGUAA